AUGAGAGUGGAAAUGCUGGCCUUUGUUGCUCUAGUGAAGAGAGAGCAAGAGGCAGCAGCGAGAGAACGUGAAAAAGAAGAGAAGGAACGAAAGCAGAAACAGGAGGAGCAGAAACGACGCACCCGGAUGUUGGAAGCAGCCUUUGAUGGGGAUGUGGAUGAGAUGAAAGCAUUGUUAAAGGAGGUUUCUGAUCUGGACUUCAAAAACGGAAUCAGAAAUGAUGAGAUGGGGAAAGUGAUUCAGCGACGGCACCAAUUAGCACUGGCAGAUUGUACUGACGCACACGGCAACACACCUCUGUCAGAAGCUUCCGGUGGGGGACAUCCUGAGGCCAUUCGGUUCUUGAUUGAAAAAGGAGCUAACCCCAACUCAAAGGGUGCUUAUGGAAGAACCCCACUGUACAGAGCAGCCUUUGGUGGGCAUCUGGCAGCACUUGAAAUGUUGUUACAAUUUGGGGGGGACCCUCGGAUCUACGCAGAAGAUGGCAUCACACCUGAAGAGAUAGCAUCCACUGAUGCUGCCAUAAAAAUUCUUCAUGAGUGGGACAUCAGUACGACCGUGGCGCUGGGGGAGAAGAUAGAAUCAGAGAGGCAGCGGAUAUUAGCAGCUGAGAAGAAACUGAAACUGGAAGAAACGAACAGGAUUCAGAAUCAGAUUUCAGAAAUCACAAAGGAACUGGCCCAAUAUCAAUAUGAGCUGCACAAAGCCUACUGUGAGCUUAACAAACGCAUUAAUGAACAUGACAAGUGUGUUUCUAAAAACAUGAGUAAAACAGACAUCACACUACAGGCUAUUCAUGGUGCAGAGGAGCUGUUGGCGGAAAAGAGAGCAGCAGUAUCAAGGACAGAAGAUAAACUCUCCUUGGCCAAGCUGGAGCUGAGAGAGAAACUGCAGAGAGAAGCAUCCUUGACAAAGCCUAUAGGGGCCCUGUGUCACAUUCGUGAGCUGGAUGAUGUGCUACUGAAGGAUGUUGGGAACAAGAUCAAACAAGAUGGCAGGUGGCCUCUCAUUAUUGACCCAUCAGGCCAAGCCAGCAUCUUCCUGCGAUACCGGGACACCAAUUUUUACGACGCUCUCAAUCCUGGGCACAUGCAGCCCCAGGUUCUCCGGCUCGGGCUCCUUGGAGCCAUAAGGUACGGGAAGAUGCUUGUGAUCGACAUGAUGGAGGUGAAUAUGUUUGAAGCAGUGAGCAGGAUAUUUAAUCAGAUCGAAGCAGGCCUGAUGGAGAAGCUACUGAAUAAGGAAUUACUGCAAAAGGACAGUGUGGCCACCAGACAUAACCUCUCGCCAACAUCUUCAUUAUGGAGACGCCGGGAUAGACCUGGUGGAGUUCAGCAACUGGUAUUUGCCAAUGAUAAAGCCAGUUGUAGAGCCUGCUUGAAGUCCAGUGGGCUCCAGCAAGUUGGUACUUUGCAUGGUUAUAUCAUUCAUGCCGUGUACCAGGAGCAUCAUCGAGCUUAUUUGCAAUUGGCCAAAUCAAUCGGUAACCACACCGAGCAGCAGCGAGCCUGGGCUCUGAUUGGGCGCAGCUACUUGUUCCGACAUGAGAAGGACCAAUCGGGUGAAGCUCUGCAGGAAGCUCAGAAGGCCUUUAUAAAGAGCCUUGAGAUCCUUGACCACAAGCUGCAAGCUCCUAUUAGAUCUGCUCCAAGCAAGGAGCCAAACACUUCCACAUCCAAGAAGUCCAACAAACCAGACAGUGGGAACUUUGCUGCUGAUCAGUCCACUCUAUCUCCUGUCAAUGAUUUGCAAGGAAGAGGAGACAAACCUUCUGAGAUGAUAUCAGUAGAUUCACGUUACUUCACAUCAGUGACACCACCUCAGCCUUUAAUGUAUGCCAUAAAAGAGGCAAAGAGUGAGAAUUUAGAUGUUCCUUUAACCUUCACCUCAGGCAGGGAGGUUUAUAGGGGCCCAACCAAUCAGGAAAUUCCUUCUAUGAGUUCUGGGAAAAAUGAGCAGUCAAUAGCCAACAGAAACCUAAAUUGGGGUGGCAAGAACGUAAUGCCUCAGAAUAACCAAAUCAGACUGGAGCAAGAAUAUCAGCCUGAUAUUGCAUCACAAGUGAGGGAGGCGAUUGCAGCUGGCCUGGCGCAGGCAGAUACAUCCUUCCAAAAAAAGAUGGAUGUACUUCAACAAAUGGUUGAGACAAAUAACAAAAAGACAGAACAAGCAGUUGGUCAAGUGUGUAACUCCGUGAACAGAGUUAAAGUGAACCUAGAGAUCGUGGAUUCCACCCUUGAGACAAUAAACUCCAGACUACUGGAAUUCCAACAAAGUAUUAAGACUGGGCUGAAGGAUCUUACCAAGGAAGUUGGCAACUUGGCUUUUUCACUGACGCAAAAGAGCACUGACAAUCAGAAGAACUUAGUUGAGUUAUGUGCUGACAAUCCAACUUCCAGAAACCUGCAUUCCCCAGGCCCAAGGUGGCAUAACUCAGAAGGAUUUGACAAAUAUUAGGAGCAAAGAAUACAUCAUGGGUUGUGGAUGAAUGUACAGUCACCUCAAGGAGCUAGGGAAGAAAGGAGGGCAAUAAAUAAAAUAAAGUGAGGUAA